CGGAUGGCCGGAGUGUGCCGACGUUCGAGGCUGGAAUGGUGCUGGCAGGCGUGCGCUGUGCCUGCCUUCUGAAGCCCCGCAGGAACCACCAUGGAGAUGAUGCUGCUGCCUCCUGUGUGCCCAAAGCAAAAUCCUCAGAAGCCUCCCGAUACAAAAGAUGAUAAUACAGAAAAACACUGCCCAGUGACAGUGAACCCUUGGCACAUGAAGAAGGCUUUUAAAGUCAUGAAUGAAUUAAGAAGGUAUCAUUCUGUCAACAUGCAUGUAUUCAGCUCUGGUCAAGUCUCUGGCCAAAAUUUGCUUUGUGAUGUCACUAUUGUGGCCGACGACAUGGAAAUUUCAGCACAUCGAGUCGUUCUGGCAGCUUGCAGCCCUUAUUUCCAUGCCAUGUUUACAGGUGAGAUGAGUGAAAGCCGAGCGAAGAGAAUUCGAAUAAAAGAAGUGGAUGGCUGGACGUUGAGGAUGCUCAUCGACUAUGUUUACACUGCUGAAAUCCAAGUCACUGAAGAAAAUGUGCAGGUACUUCUUCCAGCAGCUGGUCUGUUACAAUUACAGGAUGUGAAAAGGACUUGCUGUGAUUUUUUGGAAUCCCAGCUUCAUCCAAUCAACUGUUUAGGAAUCCGGGCAUUCGCAGAUAUGCAUGCAUGCACUGAGCUUCUGAACAAGGCCAACACCUAUGCAGAACAGCAUUUUUCAGAUGUGGUACUUAGUGAGGAAUUCCUCAAUCUGGGCAUAGAACAAGUAUGCAGCUUAAUAUCCAGUGACAAGCUUACCAUUUCCUCAGAAGAGAAGGUAUUUGAAGCUGUAAUUGCUUGGGUAAACCAUGACAAAGAUGUAAGACAGGAGCUGAUGGCCCGACUGAUGGAGCAUGUGCGGCUACCUUUGCUUCCCCGGGAAUAUUUAGUUCAGAGAGUGGAAGAGGAAACCCUAGUAAAGAACAGCAGCGCCUGCAAAGAUUACCUCAUUGAAGCCAUGAAGUACCACCUGCUGCCCUCUGCGCAGCGGACACUGAUGAAGAGUGCCCGAACUCGGCUGCGGACGCCCAUGAGCCUGCCCAAAUUGAUGGUGGUGGUUGGUGGUCAAGCCCCGAAAGCUAUUCGAAGCGUGGAGUGCUAUGACUUCAAGGAAGAGCGAUGGCAUCAGGUUGCUGAGUUGCCUUCAAGGCGAUGUCGAGCAGGUAUGGUUUACAUGGCUGGCCUCGUUUUUGCUGUGGGCGGUUUCAAUGGCUCAUUAAGAGUUCGAACUGUUGAUUCCUAUGAUCCAAUUAAAGAUCAGUGGACCAGCGUCGCUAACAUGCGAGACCGGAGGAGCACACUAGGAGCUGCUGUGUUAAAUGGCUUGUUGUACGCGGUCGGAGGUUUUGAUGGAAGCACAGGUUUGUCAUCUGUGGAAGCAUAUAACAUGAAGGCUAAUGAAUGGUUUCAUGUCGCACCAAUGAAUACCAGGAGGAGCAGUGUUGGUGUAGGGGUUGUUGGAGGCUUGUUAUAUGCUGUGGGGGGUUACGAUGGAGCAUCCCGUCAAUGUCUCAGCACCGUGGAAUGUUAUAACUCAGCCACAAACGAGUGGAGCUAUAUCUCGGAAAUGAGCACUCGCAGGAGUGGAGCAGGGGUUGGAGUUUUAAACAAUUUACUCUAUGCUGUGGGAGGUCAUGAUGGACCAUUAGUAAGAAAAAGCGUGGAAGUGUAUGAUCCCACCACUAAUACAUGGAGACAAGUGGCAGAUAUGAACAUGUGCAGAAGAAACGCAGGUGUUUGUGCUGUUAAUGGCCUAUUGUAUGUAGUUGGAGGUGAUGAUGGUUCCUGUAACUUGGCAUCAGUGGAGUAUUAUAACCCAACAACGGAUAAAUGGACAGUGGUGUCAUCUUGUAUGAGCACAGGGAGAAGUUAUGCAGGUGUUACAGUUAUUGAUAAACCAUUAUGAACAGAAGAAGGAUUUCUGCAUACUUAUCCUCUCAAAACAAGCUUCAACAAGUAUUUUUGAAGUGACUUAGGGUCUAACACUUCUCUACUCAUGGCUGCAUUUUGGGUCUCAGUAGAAGUUCGUCUGCCAUUAAAGGCAUCAGAUGCUGAAGAUUAUUCUAGGUCGAAGCGCUGUGUAGGAGUUUUCUGCAUUGAGCAGCAGCUGACUGAAUUUUUAACAAGACAUAUGGACCACAGUAUUUAUUAUCAUAAAGUUUUUGGAUAAAAAUGGCUUUCCUAAGGACUAGUCAGUAUCAAACACAGAUGACUACGGAUUGUUCUGUGAAGAAGGAAAAAGUGAUGUGCAUUCUGGUCAAAGUAAAUUUUGUCUUUAUUGUUUCCUCCCCAGGAAAUCGGUAUCUCCACAAACUGUAUAUCUUUUAAUGGGUAUAGAAGCUUACAUCAGUAAUACCCACUGGCAGGGAGAUCAACUGUUUGCUUUUAUAAAACAUCUUUGAUUCAAUGAAUAUAAUAAGCUGUGUGCAUAUAUACAUAUGUGUGUAGAUUGCUUUCCUUUGAAAAUGUUUGAAACUUGAUUAUACUAUUUAUAAUUGGCCCAGGACUUUGAAUUCUGCCAGUAUACUACAUUAUAAAACAGAGUUGUAUUUUUUGAUAUUUAACAAUGCUGAACACUUACAAAUGCCACUUCUGAGGAAUGGAAAUGGUAUGAAACACUUGAAUAAGUGUAAUGCCAAACAUUUGGAAAUAAAAUAUCAGUCAUGCUUA